AUGGACACCACCGCUCAAACUCCUUCGUGCUCGGCGUCGGGCUCGCAGCGACGUAAUCGUCAGACUAAUGCUGACAUCGCUGACUUAACCAACCAUCAAGUAGCAGACGCACAACAACCCGACCACGACAUGUUUGGCGAUUGGAACCUCAAUACUUUCAUGAUGUUUAUGCUACUGCUGCACUUCAUGCAGUAUGCGAUGCGUCAACCUUGUGGCUGCUAA